UAGCAUAAUUGCUUUGUUAGUGCCAUUCUUAUAAUGUAAUUUACAUCUGUGAGUGUAGCUAAAAAACAAAGUAGACCAGCCUUGGUUCUUUGAAGCUAGACCUUUUUAGAUCUCUCAACUAAAAUCUAACCUGACAAGAAAGAUGGUCCUUUGUUAAUCUAAAAAAAACAGGUAAUUGACAAAUAAACAACGAACUGACUAGAAAAAAAUAGUAUGUAGCCAAAGUUGAAUGAUGCAUAGGAAGAAGACAAAGAGGAACAUGAGUUACAAGAGUCACUGACCAUAACUGAUGAUGUAGUCAUGUUAGAAACAAACAGAUCAGACUAAGUGACCCAUGUUCGUCUCACAUGUUCCCACGUCGUCUAACCCGAGGAUUCCUCUGUUCAUGAGCUCUCUGAUGCAGUAUAUAUAGUAACGGUUAAGAACCUUAAUAGAGCAUCUCAACCCAAUUCAGAGUUCUAAAUAAAAUAUAUUCAUGGAGGGUUUAGAUUUAGUUUUGUUGUCUGAUAAAACCAAACACCAGCCGGUUCGAUCUGUGAGUCUUCCUUCAAGAAUCCAUCCGCUCUCUGUUAAACUCAGAGCAGCCUUGAACCGGCUCAGUAUCUGGCAUCGAUCUUCUUCCUCAGUCUGUGUUUCCACUUCUUUAGGGUUCGCGACGCUUCUCAUUGGACUCGUGAACCUCACCGAGCUCUACGGUUGCAUCCACGAGCUACUUGAGUCCCCUUACGUGAGACACACUCUUCUUCAUCACCAGAAGGGGAAACUUCUAGACGAUUCUUUAAAUGGAUCUGUUGUGCUGCUCGACGUGUGUGAGGCCGCAAGGGAUAUCAUAGUCACAACGAGAGAGCACGUGAUGAAUCUCAAAUCAGCUCUUCGUAGGCAAGGUAGCGUAGAGAAGGAGGUUACAGCAUAUAUUGACUUGAGGAAGAAGGCAAAGAAAGAACUCUCUAAACACAUCAUUGCACUUAAGAAAAUGGAAACCCUAGAUAUUUCCACGAACAUAGAUCAAGAUCCAGCGAUAGCAUCUACAAGUACUCUGAGAGAGACAAUCAAAAUCUCUGUCUCGAUUCUCAGACAUCUUUUGUUGUUCCUAUCGACAAUACCACCGUCUCAAGCAAGGAAAAUCAAGAACAACAUUGGGUUCUUCUCGAUUCCUAUUGCAUCGACGUCAUUAUCAGAUACAUAUCUGGAACUGAUCAAAGAAACGAAAACUCUUGAUGAUGUCUUUUUGGGUUCGAGAAGAACCUUUGUUGAAGUCGAGACGAUGCAGAACGAGAAGAUGGAGAGGAGAGAUGUUGUUGAAGAGGGUUUUCGUGAUCUGGAGACAGAACUGGACUCUGUUUUCAAGUGCUUAGUUAAAAACAGAGUUUUGUUCCUUAAUAUCCUGAGUAACUGUUGAAACAGUGUCUUUUUUUUUGUUUGUUUCGUGCUUUUUCUUAUCAAUCAGAUGUAUACAUCUAUCUUUGUCCUCAAAUUGUUUUGCUUGCAAGAAAAGAAAAAAAACAUAUUAAUCUAUUAGUAACACAAGAAGCUCAUAAGAAAAUGUUAAAAAAAAAAAAAAAAAAAACA